CCUGCUGGCAUCCCGGCCUCGCUUUCUCGCCUCUCUCGCGCGCUCUCCUCACUUGCCACGUAAGACGUGAAGCUGAUCUGAUUCUGCACGUCAAGCGCGAUGUCUGCGCCAGGUGGGGCCCCCAGCCCUGCUCCCCGAAGUGGAAGUAUGGGGCCCGGUGCUGGUGGUGGUAUGUCUAUGCCUCCUCAGCAACCCAUGACGAACGCCGGGCCUGUCACGCCGGGGCCUCCUGCGCCGCCGCCGCCGCCGCCCGGAGGCCCAAUGUCGCAGCAGAACCUGAAUCAGAUAGUCAUUGAUUAUCUUGCGAAGAAGGGCUAUAGUCGUACGGAGGCUAUGCUUCGUAUCGAGUCGGCGCAUCAAGAGAUCGACGGCCGUCCCCCUAUGCCCCCUCUUGGCGAAGAUGCUCGACCCAAGUACAAGAUGGGCUUCGAUCUGCUCAAAGUUUGGGUCGAGGACAACCUGGAUCUGUACAAGCCCGAGCUGAGACGUGUUCUCUGGCCACUGUUCGUUUACACCUUCAUCAACAUGGUCUCAUCUUUCAAGCCCCAAGAGGCCAAGCAAUUCUUCGAUUUCAACAAGAACCUCUUCUUGCCUGAGCAUACGGAAGAUGUUCGCGCAUUGGAACCAAUCAGCUUGCCGGAACACGUGCAGGCCAAUGGAACCGCCAAGCUUUAUCGCACCAACAAGUAUCGUCUGGUCCUGAGCAACCCGGCGUUUUCGAACCUCAUGCAAUUCCUGGAGAGCAAGCAGAAAGAAGGUGGCUCGGAUAUGACUGCCAUCUUGAGCAGUUAUUGUACUAUUAUCACCAAAGAGCGUACCGCCGAUGACAGGUUCAGCUUCGCAGCCAUGCUGGGCCAAACAGAUGGACAGACAUUCCCAAGCGAAGAUGAAGGCAUCCCCGGACACCAUCCUGGCUCUGCAUACACCGGAGACAACCCGAACAUGGCCGGAACUCUGCCCAGACUGAAGCUCGGAAAGCUUCCCCUAGAGCAGACUCUGGAGACCGAUGUCAGAGGCGAGCUGGCGGAUGAAGAUGCGAGACACCCUCCCGGUCCUGGGCAAAACACCCUGAUUCAGGAGUUUGACCAGAUGAUCAAGAAAGAGGAAGACGAUGAAGCGCCAACGCGCGCUGAUAUCCCCUAUCCUCCAUCGACUGCCCGCGACGUGGCCAUCGAGGUCCAAAAAGUGAAGGAGAACCGCGACAGGUUCAGGAUUGAAGGCAGGACUGGUGGCGUGGGCCCUGCUGUCAGCGUGUGCAUGUUCACCUUCCACAAUACUUACGAUGGCGUCAACUGCUUGGACUUUUCGGAUGAUCUUAUGCUCGUCGCAGCUGGUAUGCAAGAGUCAUACAUCCGAGUGUGGAGCAUGGAUGGCAAGAGGAUCCAAUCGACAUACGACGCCGUGGAUGAUACUGCGGCUUCAAACUCCCGUCGUCUAAUCGGACACUCCGGCCCGGUCUAUGCGGUUGCAUUUGCUCCAUCAAUCACCCGGGCAGAGAAUGCCGUGGCACCGACCAACGCUCGCUGGCUGCUCUCAUCCUCCGCAGAUAAGACGAUCCGUCUCUGGUCCUUAGACCUUUGGCAAUGCAUGGUUGUUUACAAGGGCCAUGAUCAGCCGGUUUGGGAUCUCCAGUGGGGCCCUUACGGCCAUUACUUCGCUUCUGGUGGUCACGACAAGACUGCCCGUCUGUGGGUCACGGAUCACAUCCGCCAGCAGCGUAUCUUUGUCGGGCACGACCAAGAUGUCGACUGCAUCUGCUUCCACCCGAACUCAGCUUACGUCUUCACUGGUAGCUCCGAUCACACAGUCCGCAUGUGGGCAGUUACUACGGGCAAUGCGGUCCGUAUGUUCACCGGACACACUGGCAACAUCACAGCCUUGGCGUGUAGCCGAGAUGGAAGGCUCCUUGCUUCCGCAGAUGACCAUGGGUCCAUCCUUCUGUGGGACCUCGCCCCUGGCAGACUUUUGAAGCGCAUGCGUGGACACGGAAAGGGCGGCAUCUGGUCCCUGAGCUGGAGCGUCGAAUCGACGGUCCUCGUGUCCGGUGGUGCCGACGGUACUGUCCGCGUCUGGGAUGUCACCGGCCCCGCACAAGACCCUUCACAGGGACGCGUCGUCGGCGAAGGCGGUGCUGGAACCAAGGUUGACGGCAGCAACCCACCAGCAGCCAGCACGCAAGCCCCGAGCGCCGUCGCCCCGGGGAUGGGCAAGAAGAAGGGCAAAGACGUGGUGGUGACGCCCGACCAGAUCAGCGCUUUUCCCACGAAGAAGAGCCCGGUCUACAAGGUGAAAUUUACGAACAUGAAUUUGAUCAUUGCUGGGGGCGCGUAUCUUCCUUGAGGGACAUGUAUGCACAGCGGCGCCAGAUACCCGUUUCUUCUUUCUUCCAUUUCAGUGUUCUCAUUAAAUCCGACAUCCUGGCUAUUCACCUGCAUGAUAGGUACUAUAGCCGGAUCUUCGGCGGCAUGCGGCGUCUCGGGGCAUCCAGGGUGGCAUUGGUGUUGGUGGCGGCAUUAUGAUUUCCCCGGACUAAAUAGUAACCACUACUCGAUAUAGCUAUGGCCAUACCUAGCUUUUUUGCAUUAUAACC